AUGGAUUCCAAAAAGAAAAAGAAGAGUGGUUACAAAUUUCGGGUGGCUAAGAAACUGAAAGAAUUGCAAAAGUCCGCUAAUUCUUCCAAAAAAAUAACUCAUUUUUAUACAAAUAACAUUGUUGAAGAAUCAUGUGAAACGUUCUCAGAAAACCCAGAACUAGAUGAUCGAGAUGAAAUCAAUGAAAUUCAGACUGAAAAAUUAGAGAUCGCAGGACAGGAAAAAGGAUAUGAAAUAACAACAAAUGAAAUUAAAGUAAAAGAAUCAAAUGAAGAGUUUCUUAAGUGUAGAAAUCAAGAAGCGACAUUCAAUGAAAAUUUAAAAAAUGUGAUGGUUGAAACAAUAGAAAUAAGACAAGAACAUCAACAAGAUAUAACAGGAAAAAUUGUGCAAAAAUUAUACGCUAAUGAAAAAAUCGAUGAAGUUAUAAACUAUUUUUGUAAGCCGAAAAGUAUUGAUAUAGUCAACUUUUUCAUUUUUCAUCCAAUUCAACCAACUAGUUCUUCGAUAAUUUCUUUACCAUUUAAUGAAAAGAUAUUUUAUAAUGACCAAGGAGAUUGUAAAUUUAAUCGUAAAUGGUUGACAUAUGAUGAAAACAAUCAGAUGCUCUUUUGUAGUGUAUGCUUAGCUUAUAGUAAUGGAAGUUCUACAUUUUGUUCCGGAUUCAAUGACUGGAAACAUACAAAUCAACGUAUUAAAGAACACGAAAUUUCAAAACAUCACAAUUUAUCGGUCAAAGCAUACAUCAGAGAAAAAAGGGAAAAGACGGUUCAACAUUUAUUGUGUGGUGAACAAUUGAAAAAAAGAAAAAUUGAAGUAAACGAAAGACGAUGUGUGGUAUUGCAAAUUAUUGAAGUCAUAAAACUAAUUGGUAAGCAGGGACUACCAUUUAGAGGUAACAAAAGUGAAGCAGCUUAUAAAUUAGACGAUUCCUCGAUAAACCAUGGCAAUUUCUUGGAAAUAAUCUUAUUAUUGUCGAAAUCUGAUAAUAUAUUGAAGUCUCACAUAGAAAAAUCGAUAAAAUUAAGUAAAGAGCAUCAUGAUAGGGCACAAAAUAUAAAUAUGAAAUUAUUGAAGACUACUACUAAAAUUGGAAGAGGAAAUUUAGUUACAUUUCUCAUUAAAAAAGCCAAAAUAUUUUCUGUUAUGAUGGACACGACAAUGGAUUUAUCAUCAUAUGAUCAAUGCUCGAUUGUCCUUAGAUAUGUACCACAUAAUGAAGUAUACGAACGGUUAAUAGGGCUAAAACACGUAACUUCGACGUCUGGGAAUUCGCUUUUUGAAACUUUAAAGGACACAUUGGCCGAACUUGAUUUACCACUGAAUAAUUGUGUGGCGAACGCUUUUGAUGGUGCGGCCAACAUGAGUGGUCAGUACAACGGUGUGACUGCUAAAUUGUCUGAAGUAAUCGCCAACCAUGUUCAUACAUGGUGCUACGCCCAUGUCUUAAAUUUAGUUCUUUCUGAUACAACUCAAUGUUUGACUCCUUGUAUGUCAUUUUUUAAUCUUAUUCAAGAGUCAUACGUAUUUUUCAAGGAAUCCUAUAAAAGGUUGGCUGUGUAUAAUAAAGAAAAUCCUUCGCUGAAACUAGCUGCUAGUGUAGCAACUAGGUGGAGAAGCAGAAAUGAUGCAAUUGUUAAAAUAUUUGGUAGGAUUGAUUUUUGGAUUAAAGGUGAUUUAAGUACAGAAAAUGAGUCAAAAUUUGUUUACAUUCAAAUAUUAGUAGCUCUAUACGAAAUAUCAAUUUCUAACCAAUUUAAUUCAAAAAUAAGAAACGAUAGUUUAAGUUUAAUGAAAAAGUUUUGCUCUUAUGAAACCGUUUUAGUUACAAUGAUGUUUCUACAGAUAUUUAAAAUAACAACACCAUUGUCCGAUUACCUUCAAACAAAAAAUCUAGAUUACAUUCAAGCCUGGCGUCAUGUUUCUAGUGCCCAUAAAAGUUUACAAUCGGUUAGAAACCGUUUUUGUGAUAUAAUAAAAGCUGCUAAGACAUUUGUUGACUUUGCAAUUAAAAAAAUUGAUGAAAAGGAGCUUCAUGAUAUUGAAAUAGAAGAAAAACUUUCGAAGAAACGCAAACGCACUGUUAAGCGUAUGGACGGUGAAUUAACUCGAGAUGAAGAAGUUUAUCCAGAAGAAAUUGAUCAAUUUCAUCAUCAGAUUUUAUAUAGAGAUUUAGAAUGUUUUGAUCCUCAAAGGUUCGAUGAUAUAAGAAAAAAUAGUUUAUCAUCUAAUGCUUUAAUUAAAAUUUGUGAAUUAUUACCCUCUAUUGAUCAGCCAAAGCUCAAAGAAGAACUUAUUUCUUUUGCUACAUCUUGGCCUUUAAUUUGUAAAGUUAGUUUACAGAGUACGUAUGAAGAUUCAGGUCAAAUCGAUACCGUUGAUGAUGACGAAUUGGAUAGUUGGUCUGAUUUAAAGUGUAGUGAAGUAAAAGAAUGUAAUGUCUGUCUAUCGUGCGCUUUGCGUGUAAUCACUGAUUUUAACAUGUAUUCCUUACAAUACACGGAAUUGUACAAAGCGUAUAAAUAUUUACUGACUCUUCCUCUGACACAAGUGACCUGUGAAAGGUCAUUUUCAAAACUAAAAUUAUUAAAAACGCGAUUAAGGUCCACUAUUGUGCAAGACAAUUUAGAAUCAUUAUUCUUAAUGCAGUGUGAACGAGACAUAGUAAAUCAAGUUGAUGGAGAUAAAAUCAUAAAUGCUCUGUGUUUGAACAGCAAAGAAAUGCAACGUCUACUCACAUAA